GUCACGAAAAGAAAAUGGCGUCUGACCGCUUAACUCAACUUCAAGAUUAUAUAAAUAUAUUUGCUGAUCAGAUCUGUAAUGCUAUUGGAUGUAUACAACAAGCAAGUAUAAAAGUUAAAAGUCAAAAUAAUCAUAACUCUGCAGAAAAUUCUCCUCAUCCAAGUGAACAAAGCGCAGAAGAGCUAGCCGCCUUAUUCGGAAAGCUCAUUGCUCAAUCUAUGAAGGAUAUUGAUACUCUAAUACAUAGUCUACCAUCUCAUUGUUCUCACGCUGAUAAAGAUGAAAUAGCUUGUGUACAAUAUAUGAGAACUCUUGAAGAGGAAAAUACUAGAGCCGUUGAUCAACUGGAAAGAAUUAUAGCAAAAGGUGAAGAAGAUUUGGAAAAGUUACGGGAUAUAUUGCAUGAAAUUGCAGUUGUACAAUUAAACAGUUGUGCAACGGAAGUUUCUUGAUAUAUUAGAAGAGUAGUAAUAUACAUAUAUACAUACAUAUAUAUAUAUAUUAGUAGAGACAUAUAUAUAUAUUUAUAUAUAUAUAUGUAUAUAUUAUACAUAGUUUAUAUAUAUAAUAAAAAGUUAUAUAAUUAAACUUACAACUAAUAAACGCCAAUGUACUGCAUAAUUCAUGGCCGUUGACUGUCUACUGAAUGUUCAAGACUAACGUUAAUGAAUAAUGCAGGAAUUUGCGCCAAUGUAUUGGACGCUUUGCAAACAUUGUCAUUAUGGAUUUUUUUUCUCCUCUUUCUCUGUUUCCAGGCGAACCAUGACGACAUAUUCCAUAAACAUUGUCUUUCAACUUAUUGACCAAAGAGAAACAGUUAACUAAGAUAUUUUAAAUAUUCAACUCAAUUUUGUAUUUCAAAAUGAAGAAAACGAGGAAUCUCUUAAAAGUUUUCAUAUUUCAUUUGAUCAUUUAUAUAUGUUUAUUAGUUGGUAUGAAAUCAUUGCAUAAUGAAACUAAAUCACUUAUUAAAAGAAAAGAAAUCAUUAAUCUUUUCUUUUUAUAACCUUCUCAUAGGUCAGACUUGUUUUUCUCUUUUUUUUUUUAUAUUGUUACCGCUAUUGAACCAUUGAAUUGAUCAUACAUUUUUAAAAGAUAAUCCCGGAAGUGUAAAAUAUCUUUUUUAUACUGACCUACAAUCAACUUAAAAAAGAUAUCACAGUACUAAUAAAAUUAAUAAAAGCGAUAUCAAAUGC